CAGAAAUAGCCCCCGGCGCCCUGCCCCACACCCGGCCUCUGUUUGCAGCUUGCUCGGAUCUCGGGCUUUCCCGGUCCCUGGGAGCAGCAGCCCCCACCCAGCAACCCAGGAGCACUUUCCCCGGUGGGCCCAUGGGGCAGAGUCUGCAGCCGGAGCCGUCCGGGGAGAGGAGCAGUGGAAGGAAGCCGGCUGAGACGGCCGGGGAGGGGUCUGAGCUGGAACACGGCCUCUGUGUGAUUGUGGACAGCUUCUACAGAUACGCCGAGGGCCCGCCUGGAGCGAAGGCGCUGGACCAGGCGGCUUUCCAGAACCUGCUCAGCAAUGAGCUGAGCCAUCAGCUCACGAACACGGAGGUCGAGGCGGCCGUGAAGCGCACGUUUGAGAAGUUAGAUGCCAACAAAGAUCAGAAAAUCUCCUUCGACGAGUACUGGCAACUCAUCGCCUGGAUUUGCCAAGUGAUCCGGCGCCGCGAUUAUAACGAGUAGUGACUGGGGAGGGUUGUGUCGGGUGGGGAAACCGAGGCACCUGCCGCGUCCGGAAAGGCCUCCAAAUCCUUUGCCUGAAAGACUCAAAGCAAAUCUGCACCUCCCCCACUCUUGGAAACCCAGUGACCUUAAUCUGCCUGCUGGGAUCCCUCCACCCCCAUCCCCAUUCUGCACGUCUCAUGUUGCUCCCAUUCC